AAUGAAUCUUCUAAAUGAGAAGAGGCAAACUGCUGAGAAAGACGUUUGUUGUGAAAAAUUUGAUAGUGUUUCAAACGUCUACGAUCAACUUUUACAAACGACAAUCGAGUUGGAGAAAAACUACAGAAAUAAUAAACGACUCUUUGAUACUUUAAAGAGAGAUAGAGAAGAAUUUAAUAAUACUAUUCAAAGUAGCUUUCAAUCAACCUUAAAGCAAUUAUUACAAGUUAGAGAGACUUUGGAAAAGCUAACAUCACAGAUGGAAAAACUUGAUGAAAAUAGCAAAUUGAAUAAUGAAUGUUCUCUUCUACUGGACAAAAAUCUUAUUGAAAUCUUUCAAAAUAUCAUUAACGAGUAUGGAGAGAAAGCUGGAAGUAACAAGAGAAAUCUAGAAGAAGAUGGUAAUUCAUUAAAGAACAAGAUAACAAUGAAGAGCGAAAUAAAUGAUCUUUCGAAUAUAUCAACAAAGGAACGAAUUUGUACUCAUGAUAAAAAAGAUGAAGAGUCAAAAAUCAUUGACUAUCAUUUCACAGAAUUUCCAAAAAUAGAUUUUCAGGGAAAUUUAUCAUACUUAGAAAAGUUUGCUACACCCUUUAAAGAGUCUAAUGAACUGUUUAAAGAAAAAAAAGGACUUAUUAAUCACUUAACAAAGUUAUCUCAAUCAAUUAUUGACUUUUUCAACAAUUACGUUGGAAAGCCGUACAUACGAACAAACUUUCCUAAAAUGAUCUAUAUGUUGCCAAUUACUCAAUAUACUGGAAAUCUAAGAAAUAUAUGGAAUAUACCAAAGAAAGAUUCAUCUGAUUAUCAAGAGAGAAAUUCUAAUACAAUUGAACCAAUAGAUUGUAUUAAAAGUGCAUCGAAAGAUAAGAAUAUAGAUAAUAAUUCGCAAUCAUCGCAAUCAUAUUUUGAGUUACCUCAAAUUACAUCUAACCCAGAUCCAUCCGAUGGAAGAGACAAUGAAUAUUUUGAUGAUCGAAUGUCUAAAAGUUCAGAAAAUUCUGAAACAGUUGAUUUAAUACAAAUUAAUACAUUUUAUAACGAAGAUAUCAGUAUAAGUUUAUAUUUAGAAGAUUCAAUGUAA